AUGGACAACCGGCAGAAGCGUCCGCUGCACUGGGCCGCCGAUUACGCACGCGGCAACACCGCCAUCUUGGAGCAGUUGCUGGUGGAAUGUGGAGCCCUGGUCAACGUGCAAGACGAGGAAGGGGCCACGCCGCUGCACCUAGCGGUGUAUAGGGGGGACAAGCAGGCCGCCGUCCUUCUGUUAAGCCACGGGGCUGACUGUCGUGUGACAGAUGGCGACGGCGACACGGCACUGCAUUAUGCGACCGCGUUUUACUCCAGAAAGGAUUCACAGAAAGUGGAGCAAGAGACCAUUGCUUUCGAGUUAACAGAGUGCCUGCUGAUGGCAGCGGUGGCAUCAGGGGGCGCGAAUGCAGCUGCUUCCCUAGUCAACCAGCAGAACCACCAGGGCGAGGCGGCGCUCCACAUUGCGGCAAGGAACGGCAUGCGGGAGGUGGUGCACCUGUUGCGAGAGUAUGGGGCAGAUGCCAGACCCUGGCCCUUCCAGCAAGCGCCGGCUACAGGGUCCCAGCAGCGGCCCUUCCGCAGCGAAGAGCAGGGGGAGCAGGCGGGUUUGCCAGCUGCUGGCGCUACCAGCAGCAGGGCGGCAGCGGCCGUCAGCGUUCGCUGGGACAGCACGGCUGGCGGCUGUGUGGUGGCUGUGAACCAGGCUUCGGAGGCUGAGGAUCAGCUGGAUAGCUGCUUCUUCGCCCUGCAGUCUGCUGGCUGGGAGCCCGUGCUGCAGUUUGCUGGGGACGACUGCAGCUUGGCAGAGCUGUACACCCGGCCACCGCCCGCUGCAGCACCCAGCAGCAGCAUCGAGACACUGCUGGUGGCCUGCCAGGGGCUGGUGAUGCACGCGCUGCGAGCACAGGCGCCGGCAGGCAGCGCAGAGGUGGCAUGUGGCGACACCAUGCCGCCAGUCAAGGUGGGCAGCGGGAAGGUGACCAUUCAGGCGGCACCGCUACUGGCCAGCAGCCAGCGCUACCAGUGCCUGGCCGUUGAGCUGGAGAAGCUGCUGGGGGCCGCUGGCGGCGGAUGGCGGCUGUAUGUGGCUGCGGGCAGGCUGGAUCUGGAGCUGGCGCCUGGCGUGAAGCCGAGUCCCACGCGGGUGCUGCGGCUGCUCCAGGCAGCCCUGCAGUGA